GUACGUUGAUCUCUUCAUAAAAAAUUGUUCACCCAUACUGGCUAAAGCUAGAGACUGUACGUUUUUGCAUGCUAUAAAUGGGAAUUUUCUUGAUGUUUGGAAGCACACUAGUAUAAGCACGCACGCGACCAGUAGGUGGCAGCACCAACUUCACAACGUGUUUCUGGGGUUUCUAUGCAACAGUAAACAAAGAAAUGUACGCGGUUUUGUCCUCUUUCACCGACACAAUAUCACAGAGCUCGUAGCUUAGUCAUAAAAUAAUUUAGUAAUGGCCUAUUCACCGUCGCCCAAGAAGGCUGGCCUGCCACGAGAGGUUUUAAAAUGGCUGCAAAGUCUUGAUUUAUCGUUUUCGACCAAAAACGUGCGCAGAGACUUUUCCAAUGGAUACCUAGUGGCAGAAAUAUUUUCCUGGUACUUCCCAAAGGAUUUCCAUAUGCACUCAUAUGAAAAUGGAGCAUCGCUGCCUACCAAGCAGUCAAACUGGUCCCAAAUUGAAAAAUUUUUUGUGAAGCAAAACAUCAGUUUGUCAAAGGAAGUCAUAGAUGGCACCAUCCACUGCAAACCUGGUGCUGCAGAGCUUCUUGUCCAGGACAUUUACAGCAUCCUGACCAACAGAAGGAUCCAAAGCAUCCAGAGGGUGGAGCAAGGCUUCACUGAUAAGGCCUAUCAAGAACAGUUGCCCAUGGUGGCUCGAGCCACUGCUUCAGUGGCCAUAAAGAACAAUCUGUGUCUCAGUGAGGUUAUAGCUGAACCAAACAUCAUAGCCAACCAGCGUAAAGUCCUGGACAUCAUACACCGGCACAUAGAACGGAGAAAAGAAGAGAGGAACCAAGACCCAAAUCGAUUCAAUGUAAGACCCACUCUUGGAGAACAGGCUGUCAGAAUUGCUUCACUUUUAGCCCACCAGAGUGAGCCAGAACUUCAGAUAAACUCUAGUGUUGCUGCUUGUUAAGUGUCUUGCUCUAUUACCAACAAGAAGAUGAAACAUUUAAGCCAAAAGUCUUCA